GAAGCUAAUGAAGGCAAAAUUUCACCACCAGAACACAUCAACCACAUAAGGUCCAUGGCCGGUGUCGACCACGUGGGCCUCGGGGCUGGUUACGAUGGCAUAAACAGAACGGCAGCGGGCCUCGAGGACGUGUCCAAGUACCCUGAGCUAUUCGCCGAACUCCUCCGCGACGAAACGUGGUCUCUGCAGGACCUGAAGAAGCUCGCGGGAGUCAAUCUGCUGCGCGUGUUUCGGGAAGUGGAACAGGUGCAAGAGGCUCUGGAGGGGGAGACGCCCUCGGAAGACAUUAUCCCCAUCCACGACAUCGACGCCUACUGGCCCUGCAGGUACAAGUUCGCCAACGUCGACCUGGAGCGCUCGAGGAGGUAAUUCCGGCCGAAGGAGGCGCAGGCGGAGGAUUCCCGAGCGCCGAGGGAGGGACGCGGCGCCAGCGGGACGACGGCGGCGCCCUUCGAAUGAGCGGCGCGGCGCGGGGAAGCACACGCGGCCGUUUCUACUAUCCUUCUCUUUCUGUCUAUCUGUAUAUAUUUUCCUAUCUGUUUAUAUAUCUGUCUAUCUAUUUAUCUGUUUGUCUGUCUCUAUUCAUCUUUUUAUCCCUCUCUCUCCCUCCC